UAUUUAUUUAUUUUGCUAUAUUAUUAAAGGAUGAUGAUGAACAGACUCAAAAACCUACUUCAACAGCUAAAACAUUAUCUACUGGUUUCAAAUUACCAUUUAACACACCAACAACUGCUACUUCACUAUUUGGCUCAAAAGUUGUUACUGUUUCUGCAGCUAUCACAACUCAGAGUGAUUCUGAACAAACUCAAACACCAAUAUUUAAUUCAUCCCCUAAAGUAACAUCAACUUCUGAAACCAUAAUAACUAGUGCAAGUCAAAGUCCAUUUUCAUUAACAACAAUUGCUGCUUCUACUGUUGCUACUACUACUACUUCUACUACCACCAUUACUGCAAGCAUGACUACUACUAACACAACUACUACUACUGCUGCUUCUCCUCCUGCUGAACAGAAAAGUACAAGUGACACAUCUACAUUUGGCAAAGAAAUACCAGUUAAUGUGUUUGGUCAACAAGCACAGACAGUCGAUACAUUUAACAAACAAGCUUCCCCUAUAUUUGGACAAACAGUUUUUAAUAAUAAUGGCUUUGGGAUAUCUUCAACUACUAAUUCAAGUUUUGGUCAAUCUCAAGUAUUCAGUCAGUCUCCAGUAUUUGGUUUAUCAUCACCUACGACAUCAAAUGAAGGAUCUGUCUUUGGUAAUACCACAACUACUGGAUCUUCUGUAUUUUCUUUUGGGCAAACAACAAGCUCACCCUUUGGACAACAAAAUGACGGAAACUUACUUGGACAGUCUUCUUUUUUCUACGGAUUCGGUAAUAAACCAAUCCCAGUAAAUGCAUCAAAAAAUGUAUUUGGUGGUAACGUUUCAUCAAUGGAAAAUGAUGGACAAAAGACUAAUCUAUUUGGCAAUCAAGGAGCUUCAAGUUUUGGGACAAAAUUUGGUUCUUCCACUGGAGGAAGUUUUACUUCAAAUACUGGAAGUGUAGCUCAGUCUGGUUUUGGGGCUUUUCAGCAAACUCAAUCAAAACAAGAUUCUGCAUUUGGAAGUGGAUUUAGUUUUGGAAGUGGGCCCACAUUUGGUGGUUCUCCUACUUUUGGCGGUUCUCCAACAUUUGGAAGUGGUUCACCGUUAUCUGUACCAAUUAGCAGUUCUUUUAUGUCUUCAAAUCAACCUUCUAGUUUUGCUUCAUCUUCUGUACCAACUUUUGGUUCUCUUGCUGCACAAGCACAGGCACCCACAUUUGGAGGUAUGGCUCAGCAAAACACAAUGGGUUUUGGAAGUAUGACACAGCAGUCAACAGGAGGAGGAGUAUUUGGAAGUAAUAAUAUGUUUGGAACGAAUCAGUUUGGAAGUCCUCCUGCACAGUUUGGAUCUCGAGAGUCUGGUACAAAUGCCUUUACUCAAUGGCGAUAGUGAUCAAAAUCAUGUAAAUAUUUAAUUUGUAGCAUUUUCAAAAAUAAAAUAUAUAUCUGUAUCAAAAAGCUUAAUCUGUCAUGUUUUCU